AUGGUACAAGUCUCCAGCGGCCUGACAAUAUUCGACCUGACGAUCAACGGGCUCUCGCCGGGGCGAUACUGGGCCACUAUCCGUGAGACAGGAGACGUCUCCCGCGGCCCCGAGUCCACCGGUGGGGUCUGGGAAGCCGUCAAAGAGCUGAAAGAGAAGCAGCAACAAGGCAGCAGCGGCAGCGGCAGUGAUCCACGGGGAGUUGUGGGCAGUGUGGACGUGGACGAGAACGGCAAAGGCAAUGUCUUCCUGGACCGGCCGAUAGCCGUGUGGGAGAUGAUCGGACGCAGCAUGGUGGUAUCAAGGCAGCGCGAGGGCCCCUUCAGCAUCGAUGACGAAGACACCAUCGUCGGCGUCGUAGCUCGCAGUGCCGGCGUCUGGGACAACGAGAAGAUGGUGUGUUCAUGCUCGGGCAAGAACGUAUGGGAAGAGCGCGAGGAGCAGCGCUCCAGGGGGAUUGUCUGA